AUGGGGAUUUACGAAACGCUCUACGCAUUUAACGAUUCUUUCGGAAAAUUUAUGGGCUCUGAGGGCACGCACCCCUGGUCCCAGGGUUUUCCUUUGACCACGCCAUUGCACCAGUUCGGCGGCCCUGAGCUGCCGGCGUCGGUUGAGGUUUCCUGGCAAGACCGGUUCUACCCAAAAGCCUGGGGCCAUCCACUGUUGCGCGAGACCAUUGUCGACUACUACAACACUUACUACGGAUCGAACAUUACGGCCGACAAUGUGAUGAUUUUUGCUGGUGGUCGGCCCGGUAUUUAUGCCGUUUUGUCCUUUCUAAAAAAGGAUAUCCAGGUCCGAAUUGGCAACGUCGAAUGGCCUGCCUAUUUGGACAUUCUGACCCAAACCAACACCGACUGGAAAACCGUGCCGAUGACACCGGCUAACAAUUUUCAUCCGGACAAUCGCGAGUAUUUCGAUCGUGCCGGUUUGAACCAUAAAACAAAAUUAUUCCCGGUUAUUUCCAACCCUGGCAAUCCCACAGGCCAUGCGCGAGCAGGCGCCGAAUUGAAGGACCUGAUGCAGAGGGCGGAGACUUCACAAAACGGUAUCUUGCUGGACGAAGCCUACGAGAUGUUUCAUACGCCUUCGGUCAGCGGCCUUCAAUACGUCAACGACCUUGACAACUCCAACGUGUUUCUUUCCGGCGCCUGUACCAAGGGCCUGCAAUGUCCGGGCAUUCGUAUUGGAUGGAUCAUUGCAUCAAGAGACAAUAUCCAAACCCUCUCCAACUUCAGCUCCUUCGGCAUGGGUGGAGUAUCACAUCCCAGCCAGUUGUACGCGGUGGAACUGUUCAAGCCGGAUCGCGUGGCUGUGCAACGGCAAGCUAUCCAGGAUCACUACAACUGGCAGCGACAACGUUACGGCGAGGCCUUUGCAAACAUGGGUUUGAAAGUGUUCACCGGCAACGGCGGCUUUUAUCACUGGAUGCAGCUGCCCCAGGGAUUGAACAGCGAUGAAUUGAACCAGCGUCUUUUUAAGCGCGGCGCAGCAAUUUUGGCCGGCCGGGAUUGCGACAUGGGACGACCGCACGAAAAGCACCCGGAAUACGUAAGCCCUUAUCUGGAUAUGUUCAGAUUUAGUUUUGGACCGUUAUUGCCUGAGACUUUCGAAAGCGAUAUUGAGCUGAUGAAGGAGGUGUUGGACGAGUACAAAGCAGAGGUGGCGAAACUCAAGACACAGUAA